AUGCCCUUCUUCCAAGCCUUGGCCGGCUUUGCCGCGCCAAUCUUCCUCAUCUCGUCGCCCAUUAUCUCGUACACGGAUCAGGCCAUGUCAAUGCACAAGAAGCGCUCCAGUGCCGGCUUCUCGCUUGACAUUCCCCUGAUCAUGCUGGUGGCGUGCAUAUUCAGGGUAUUCUACUGGUUCGGAGCCAAAUACGAUAAUGCGUUGCUCAUCCAGGCAUUCGUCAACAUAUUCAUGCAGGUCAUUCUGCUCAAGAUUGCCCUCGAUACCCGACCGCCCCCGUCUACAAGAGGUGGAGAUGCUGGCCUGCCGUUUUCCGGCGCAAAGGAGGGCUUUGGCUUCAAGAGACCGUACAACUUUUGGCAGUGGCGAUCGCCAAAGCCUUACUGGCAGUUUCUGCUGUACCUCUUCAUCACCCUGACCGUUCUCGAGCUGAUCGUUGCGCCAAUGGACUCGCUGUACCCUACAUACUGGUCUUUUCUUGGAAUAAUCGGUCUUGGGGUCGAGGCAACUCUGCCCUUGCCCCAACUUCUUGCCAACUACAGAUCCAAGUCCAGCAGAGGGUUCCGCGUAUCUCUCCUGGCCAGCUGGAUUCUGGGUGAUGCGCUCAAGAUGUAUUGGUUCUUUACCUCGACUACCGAGAUUCCCUGGUCCUUCAAGAUCUGCGGUAUGUUCCAGGCUGCAUGCGACUUGGGUCUAGGCUUCCAGUACAUGAUCUACGGAGACCACGAGCCGGAAGUGCUCGCACGGCAGUGGCCUUAUGCUGGCUUGAAGCCCCACCAACUGAGCAUGAACAGUGGUCGGUCGACCCCCACGGGAAGGAAAACCCCAAUGAGCGAAAAGGCGUACUAG